AUGGAAUCCGUCACGGCUGAAUACAGGGGCGUCUAUAAGGGUAUCCACCAAACACAAAAGCUCACUCAUGAGCCAUGUCUAAGCCGCAACGAUGAUGGCGGUAUUUGGAACUAUCUCAAGGCGUGGUAUCUCUUCGUUAUCCACAUCGCUCUGGCAGUUACUAUUAUGGCGCUUGUCAUUCAUAUAGACAAACAAGAGUUCAGGAUUGGGUCAGGUCCAAAUGUCUUCGCCUUCAACUCUCGUCUCUACCAGGCACAAGUCACUGGUCUCCUCUCCCUAGCACUCAUGACACUCAGACUCGUCGCUGGAACUGGCUCCGCGUUGCUUGCAUGGAGGAUCAUUUUUAUCCUUCUCGAAAAGCGCGGAAUCACGCUGAAAGAGCUGACACGUCUCCUCAGCACACGUGUGCCAAUCAUCCCAGCUGGGAAAUCCGAGAUCUCUAUUGUUUGGUCGUUGUGGGCAGCAACUUGUAUCCUACUGAUGUGGCCUCAGGGCUUUGCAGCACCGCUGGCAUCAUCCUCUCUUUCUUGGAUUCCUCAAUAA